AUGAUUAUUGGGUCUUUAAAUAUAAGGGGGGGAGGUAGUUGGAUUAAGAGGAAACGUAUUAGUUGCAUUAUUCAAAGAGGCAAAGCGGAUGUGUUUUUCCUUCAAGAAUCUAAAUUGAGUUCUGUUUCGGAAGAUGUGGCUAGGAGUUUUUGGGGAAACUUGGACGUUGAUUUCUCUUUUUCAGAAUCUGAGGGAAGGUCGGGUGGUAUUAUUAUUUUAUGGAAAGCUAGUUCUAUUUCGGUUGUUUUCAGUUUUCGAGGAACGAGCUUUUUGGGUAUUAAGGUUAGUUGGAAGAAUAAAUUCUUUUAUUUUUUUAAUGUUUAUGCGGCUUGUUCUUUGCCUAUUAAGCGUUCUAUGUGGAAGGAAUUGGUGGAGUUGAAAAAAAGAUUUGAUGAUGGAGAUUGGUUAAUUGGAGGAGAUUUUAAUGCUAUUAAAAGAAGAAGCGAGAGAGUUGGUGUUUCUUUCUCUACGCAUAGAGCGGGAUGGGGUGAGUUUUCUAACUUUAUAGAUAUGUGUGGUUUGAUUGAUGUUCCUUGUAAGGGAAAAAAAUUUAGUUGGUUUAGUGGGGAUGGAAAAUCAAAAAGUAGGUUGGACCGUUUUCUUGUCGACGGUAACAUUAUUUCUUCUUGGGGAGUGGUGGGGAAACUCAUAGGGCAAAGGGUUGUGUCGGACCAUUGCCCGGUUUGGUUGGUUGUUGAUAAGGAGGAUUGGGGUCCUAAACCAUUCAAUCUUAAUAAUGAAUAG